UUCUUUCUUUGAAAGGCUGCCCCUCGAAGCUAGGCCUAAUCCCAAUAGCAAAGCAAGGGGUUGGAUUUUGUCUCUAAUAAUUAUUUUUGAACAUAAUUAAUGAAAAAUAAAUACCAUUUGUAUGAAAUUUUGUAUAAAACCACCUUGUUUAGUUGUUUCUCUAUUAUAAAUUAUAUGUUUUGCAUAAUAUAUGGAUAUGGAUGUUCUUAUUUUAAGAAAAAAAAAUUAAGAGAGAGAGAGAGAGAGAGAGGGGCAGAAGAACAAACAUCCAGGGCAGGGCAUCCCCAUUCCCUUCUGAUUUCUUCCUUCCCUCUACUACACACCCACUAAGAUGCUCAACUCUCGUUUCUCGGGUCAUCCGUUUCACGAAAACCAAGGAAUUUCCCCUUCCCUAUCUCCAAUUUGCCCUCUCUUCUUCCCCCUAAUUUCUACUUCCAAUCCCCCUCCUGUCCCUCCUCUAAUUGCUUCGCUGUUCAACCCAAUACUCUCGCCUUCAACCCGCCCUGAUACACAGGGAUAGAUGCAUAGGGCACCGAUCCUCCCACCCAUGCCUUCUUCUCCGGGCUUCCUUCGAUCUCCCACAACCAGCCCCAUGGCUGAAAAAUUUAUUUUCUGUAGCUGGGAUUACACGGACUGAACUCAAGGAAUGAUGGGUAGCUUCCGUGAAGAAGACGAAGAAUUUAGAUUCUUUGAUGCCCAUGAUGACAUUUCACCAGUCAGUGAUUGCCUCGAGACUCCUGGUUCUAGUUUUCGUUCUGAUAAUAGUGCAUCAAGUAGUUUCGACUAUGAAGUGUGGACUAAAAUCCCUCAAAGUGUUCAAGAGCGUCGUAGCAAAUUCUUGAAUUGGAUGGGGCUGAACUCGGGUCAAAUGGUCUUGAAGAAUCAGGGGGAUGAAUGCCGUGAUCUGUAUAAGGAGGAGAUAGACAGAAUUAUGAAGAGUAGUGGAGCAGUAUUGAGAACUUCAUGCUUUGAAGAUGAGUUUUCUUCAAGCCGGUCUUCUAUGUCAAGUUGGUCCAACGGUGCUUGUGAUGUUCUGGAAGAAUCUGGCUCCAUCAUAAGCAGAAAUUUGGGUGGUGGAACAGAAUGUAAUGCAGAUGAAUUGGGGAAGAAGAAUAUGCAGAAUAGACCUCAAGGAUCAGGUUUGGCCCAAUUGGUUGUGCCUGACAAGUUUCAGAACACUUGUAGUUCAUCUCCAGCAGUUCAGCAGCCUAGGCCGAGAGAAACUGAGGGUGGUAACAAUUCAGGCAGGACGUUGAAUAGAGUAAAGAGCAAGUGGUUGAGCAGACUACGUUCCAUGACAUGCAUUGCAGAUAGGCAAGGGGUAGCUGAUAGUAUAAGACCGACUAACUCCAGGCCUACACAGGGGGCUAGGGUUCAGAGAGUUAAGGUUCGGCCUUGCAAAAAGCAGGUUAAGGAACUCUCUGCACUAUUCAUGGGACAAGAUAUUCAGGCACACAAAGGUUCAAUUUUGACAAUGAAAUUCAGCCUUGAUGGACGCUACCUUGCCACUGCUGGUGAAGAUGGUAUUGUGCGUGUAUGGCAAGUGGUUGUGGAUGCCAGAUCAAAUGAAAUUGACAUUCCAGCUGUUGAUCCUUCAUGCAUUUAUUUUACCGUGAAUCAUCUUUCUGAGUUGGCACCCGUUGUCGUGGAGAAAGAGAAGUUGUGCAAAUUAAAGAGCCUAAAAAAAACUGAAGACUCAGCUUGUGUCAUCUUCCCACCAAGGGUCUUCCGGAUAUUGGAGGAGCCACUACAUCAAUUCCACGGACACAACUGUGAGAUCUUAGAUCUGUCAUGGUCAAAGAAUAAUUUUCUGCUUUCAUCUUCAGUUGAUAAAACUGUGCGAUUGUGGCAAGUGGGAUCUGAGCAUUGCCUUAAAGUUUUUCCACAUAGUAAUUACGUGACUUGCGUUCAGUUUAACCCUGUGGACAAUAAUCACUUUAUCAGUGGUUCGAUAGAUGGGAAAGUUCGGAUCUGGGCAAUCACUGGUUGCGUUGUUGAUUGGAUAGAUAUAAGGGAUAUUAUCACGGCCAUAUGUUAUCACCCUGAUGGGCAGGGUAUGAUUGUUGGCUCUAUGACAGGGAAAUGUCGCUUUUACAACAUAUCAGAUAAUCAUAUCCAUUUUGAAGCUCAGAUAAGCUUAAACAGUAAGAAAAAGGCUCCAUGGAAAAGGAUAACUGGCUUCCAGUUCUUCCCGCAAGACCCAAGUAAACUAAUGGUGACCUGUGCGGAUUCACAAGUUAGAAUUCUUCAGGGGCUUAAUGUUGUUGGCAAAUACAAAGGCCUUCGUAAUACAGGAAACCAACUUUUUGCAUCUUUCACGUCAGAUGGAAAGCAUAUUGUAUCCACUUCUGAAGAUUCUAAUGUGUAUGUUUGGAACUGCUAUGAUCAGAAAGAUCUUUCUAGGUCCCAGCCAAAAAUAAUUAGGUCUUGUGAACGCUUUUCGACUAAUGCAUCAAUUGCUCUUCCUUGGUCUGGCUUCAAGUUUGAAACUUUGGAAAAAGGAUGGCAAUUUCAUGUUGUGGAUGAGACUUUGUGGGAUAUAUUACCUUUCCCUUCGCCCAUUUGUUUCUCUCUUGGUCAGGAGUUCAUUUUAGAGUCUUUCCCCAAAGGAACUGCCACAUGGCCAGAGGAGAAGCUUAUUAGUUCAAGCCAACAGGCUGUGUCAUCCGUCAUGCAUAAAUCUCAAUACAAGUUUCUGAGAUCUUCUUGCCAGAGUACAUCCAGUUCUCAUGCCUGGGAUCUCGUGAUUGUCACUGCAGGCUGGGAUGGACGAAUUAGAUCAUUCCACAAUUAUGGUUUACCAGUAGCUCUUUGAUGUCCUGGAUGCUAACUGAAUUCUAGAGAAUUGGUAAAAAUCUUGUUGGUUGGGUACUUCGCUUCCAUCUUGGUUAUGUGCUGCAAAUUCAUUACUUUGAUUAGCUCAUUGACCAUCUGCAACUGGAUGAUGUUUCAGAAAUAUGGGUUUCGAUUGGUCCUGUUGUCAGAUUUCUGAGAUGCAGCAUUAUCAUCUUUGUUCAUGAUGGGUGGCAGCAGUUCCCUGGUUGUCCCAAAAUCUGGCUGGGAGUUAUCAUCGGCUGGUGUAGGUUUAUCAGCAGUCCACAAAUCAAGCUUAGUUUAGGAUUUUUGAGUCGUGGUUAAACAAAUUUUUGUCUGUAGACAUGCUAGGGGUUAGGCAUUUUGAGAUAUGGAUAUCCGGAUGAUAUUAUGGCUGUGGGACCACAUCAAACCUCUUUCACAUGUUUCUCUCAAAUGGGCCAAUAGAGUGUAGAGCUGGUGGUUAGAACUUACUCUUUUUAGGUUCAUUGGCCGGUUGAAUGAUUGAUUUGCUUGUCAGCCGUCUGGUAGGGGCACAGCUGCAGCAGUUGGUAAGGUGGUGUGUGGGGCUUUGCUAAACUGGGGGUCACAUCUUCAUUGCUUUCUGCUGGAUGUAUGGAUGAUCAUUCAUCCUGGCUUACCGACAUCAUCUUUCCAGUCUAAUUGCUUUCUGCCUCCAUCUCUCUACUCGGCAAGUAGCUAAAGGAUGCCGGUAACCCUAAACCUCUUCUAUUCGCUAACUUAGUCAAUAAAUGUGAUUUUGCCGGGUUCUGUUCUACAUCGCUGGAAGGAUCUGAGUUAUUUGGGAGUUUUAACUUGAUCUUGUUUUUUUUUUGUUUAUAUAUGUUUAAUUGCAUUUUGCUGCUGUAUAGAAAAUCCCUAGUCUAUCAGAAAAGAAAAAGGAGGAAAAACCAAAAUAUGUACUGUAGCCUUUUACCAUGUAUAUGCUGCAGCAGAAAGGUCAAUAAAUACAGAGAGAGAGAGAGAGAGAUACCUGAGAACAGAGUUGAAUCUGUUGAUUCUUAUUGAUUCAUGGUCAUUGUUUGCGGAC